UAUGUAAAUACAGGUUUGUGGACUGAGGAAGUGUAUGCUACGUUGGAAUGUUCCGAUUUGUCUGAAUAGCGUUUCUUUUCACUUCAAAUUAACAAUGGCAACACCUGAUCUCCGGACUGAGUUGGUUAAGUAUUUGGAAAGUCUGAAUAUCCAGACGGUCUGCGUAGACCAUCCACCGGUAUUCACUGUGGAAGAGAUGAUGCCUCACCUGCAAGACCUCAGUGGAGCAGUUACUAAGAACCUCUUCCUGAAAGACAAGAAGAAGAAGGGCCUGUGGCUAGUCUCUGUCCGCCAUGACCGUCCAGUCAACCUCAACGACCUGGCUAAGAAGCUAGGCUUGGGGAGCGGCAACCUCCGCUUUGCUGAGGAGGCAGCCAUGUUGGAGAAACUGAAGGUGGGCCAAGGCUGUGCCACUGCCCUGGCACUCUUCUGCGAUAAGGACCAGAGCGUCAAGGUUGUCCUGGACAGCGACCUGGUCAACGGAGGCCAUGAGCGAGUUUACUUCCAUCCCAUGACCAAUGCUGGCUCUAUGGGACUAAAGCCAGAGGAUCUCUUGAAGUUUUUAAAGGAGACAGGACAUGAACCAGUUCUUCAGAGCUUUGACUAGUAAAUACCUUGAAAUUAACAUACUUACUAUCCUGUCAGGCUGUGCUUUGGCUUGGUACAAUGAUUUAUUUAAAAGUUAUUUACCUUUGUGCCUGUACUUUGGGUUAUCAAGAAAUUUCCAUUAUUGUAAAAAAUAAAAUAAUAGUCAAACAUUUGGGACAGAACAAGG